AUGGAAUGGGGCCAACAAGCGAAAGGUCCUCAAAUGACGGAUGAUCAGCUGUAUGGAUUCCUAGAGUUUGUUCCUGGUGGCUCUAAUCGCUCCACAGUCACCGAGAGCGCCUGCUCAACUCAAGGUGGUUCUAGCAGUACUACGUCUGUUCCGGAACCACCACUGCAAACCCAUGGGGCACAUUCUACGUCUAUCGAGAGGACGUCUACGGGAGCUGGAGAUAUUUCCGAAACGCAACCAAGUUGUCGAAGUCUGCUGUCUGAACUAAUAACUGAACCGUGUUCUUCUGAGGGCAGACUUUUAACAGAGCAAAAGUAUGAAGAUGUCAAGGAUGAAGCAAAAUCUAACGUAGCAGAGCCGUCACAAGAAGGAGAUGCUGAUGGUUCUCAGUUGUUGUCUGUUGACACUAUGGUCGCUCAAAACAAUCAUUCCGCCGGUAGUUUCAAUGAAUGCGGCAUAUGUGGCCCAGCAAAGGCCAUUUGGGUACCUGAAAAGAACUUCAGAAAAAGUGAGACUGGUGAACCACUUGUCGAACAAAUUUCUGAACACGGCCAAAACAUAAAAAUCGAUCCGCUUGACACUUUCUGGAUCCAAUGCGAUUGCUGUGAAAAGUGGUUCCAUGGAAGUUGUGUGGGGGUAGAAGAGUACGAGGAUGUUCUGAUCGAUAAAUUUCACUGUGCUCCAUGUGCGCAAACGAGUGGACCAACGAAAAUGAAGAACAUUCUUUUGCGUCAUCGUUUCGCCUUCGACGAUGCGACUCAGACGGAGCUUCCUCCUGAAGUUGGUACUGAAGUUUGGAUUAAAAAGUUUGUUGAGACGGAAGCGAGCAUACCACCAGCCAACGAAAACCACGCUGUUAUAUGCCACAAUGGUUUUGAGUUUAUGGACCAUUUUAAUCGCAAGGAGGAUUGGAAGAAGAUUUAUCUCAUAGAACAAGCUCGUGGAUUGGAGUUGAGAGUGCCUGAAAAGGAAGAAAAUUUUGGUCUUCGAACAAUUGUAGACAUAUUCGGAAGAUCCUUCAAAGUGGAUACCAUUGAUGUGUAUCGUCAAGUCACCCACAGCAUGUCGAUAGGAGCAUUCUAUGACAAGAUGAUUAGCCAGGAACGUCCACGACUUUAUAAUAUUCUUAGCUUGGAGUUUAGCCAGAAUGAAACCAUGCGUAAGAUGGUUUCUCCACCGAUACUGGUACCUGAAUUGAGCUUUGUGCACAAAUUAUGGCCAGAUAAAAAUGAUCUUGUAAAUUGGGAUCCCGAACUUGAUUACUUACCAUCGUCGAUGAAGGUCCGACAAAUCGUGGAGGUUCUUGAAGAGCAUCGACGGAAUAAGCCGGAAGUGGCACUAUUCUGUCUUUGUGGAAUGGGCGGCUCUUACACUGAUUUCCACAUUGAUUUUGGAGGAUCAAGCGUGUGGUACCACAUUUACGAGGGCCAGAAAGUAUUCUAUAUAGUGGAGCCAACAGAAGAAUAUCUGAACCUAUUUGAAGAAUAUCAGCGUUCUGACAAUAAAACUGAAGUUUUCUUUGGUGAUCUCUUGCCUAAAGGAGCAUUGCGACGGGUUUUCAUAGAUGCUGGACAAACAUUGAUGAUCCCGUCAGGAUGGAUACAUGCAGUUUACACACCGGUGGAUUCACUUGUCUUUGGAGGGAAUUUCCUUCAUGCUCUGAAUGUUCCCAUGCAGCUAAAGGUGUACGAGAUGGAGCAAAGACUGAAAAAAGAAGUAGGAUGGGAAGAAAAGUACUUGUUCCCUCACUUCGAAUUAGUGAACUGGUACGCAGCGAGAUCUUUUGUUUUGGAGCACCUUCGAGAAGCCAACGAUGAAGGUAAUAGGGCGGACAAGUAUAUGCUAGAGGCAGCUCAAGCAUUAUUACCUCGACUGAGGGAAUGGAUGCGAAGAGAUAAAGAAGAUAAAGCAACGUUUACUCAUUCGUCGUUCAAUGACGUCUUAGCUAAACUACAGAGAGAACUUAACAAGCAAGAGCGUUUGCGCCGUUCGUUGUCCCCUGGUAGCAGAUCUCCAAAGAAGAGGCCGAAAAAACGCAAAUCUGAAGAAUUAGAGCCACCGAGCCCUGCUCAAGCUUCAUCCAACCGGGGCUGCCCUUCUUCAUCAAGUUUGGCACCUUGUUCAAGUAGACUAUCGCCAAUUGAGAGCACAUCUGCGCCCAAGGAGAAGGAGAUACCUGAGAAAGUAGCAACACCGUCAGCAGGAGAUGAAUUGCCUUCUGAGGUAACGGACCCUGACGUGGUGAUGGAUUUCCGACUCAAACUAACCAAAAAGGGAAAGAGUUACGAGUCAGCGAUAGAGGACAAACCAGAUCCAAUGCUGGAGGACGUCAAUAUGGCUCAGAUGUUCGCUCGUCGAAGUCAUAGUGGACGGAAACCUCGUCCAGCCGCUUGGCUUGCAGCGGCUGUUGGAUUAGAUGAGUUAGAGAAAACAUCGAAACAGUUAGAAGAAAUUGGCGAUCAGUUACCUCUACGUGAAGUGGUAUCUUAUGAAGCAGAAAUGGAAAGGGCAUGUGAAGAGGAGGAAGCGGAGAUGCUUCGUGAAAUGAAUAAGAAGAAGGGAAGAGAUAGAAUCGGACCACCAUCAGCAAGCUCGUCCCAUCCACGUGCUCCGCCGAAGAAGAAGCCGACUACAGCCAAGCAACGUCUAGCGGCCAAGUUGAAGUUAAUAUAG